ACGCCGUUGUGCGGGAGAAGAAGAAAGCUAGUGAAGACUGAAGAGCAGCGUCGCACAAGUGAGCCAUGCUCGCCUCGCCGGCGCUCGCCGGCGCCCACUCCUUCGCGGCGUCCGUGUCCGGCAACCUCCGCAUCCCCUUACCUUCCGUCCCCGCGCCCUCGCCCACGCCGGCGCGCCGCGCCGCGCUGUCCGUCGUCGCCAAGGUCAAGGUGUCCACGCCCCAGGACGACCGCAUCGCUCGCCAUGUCCGCCUCCGCAAGAAGGUGAGUGGCACCACGGAGAGGCCGAGGCUGAGUGUUUUCCGCUCAAACAAACAUCUGUACGCUCAAGUCAUCGAUGAUACAAAGCAAUGCACUUUGGCUUCAGCUUCAACCAUGCACAAAUCUCUCUCCAAGGAAUUGGAAUACUCGGCUGGACCAACGAUUCUAUUUCUUGCAGAUAGGCUAUUAUUUGUUUGUGACAGAAGGUUGAUAUUUGGUUUCCAGGAAGUAGCACAAAAGAUCGGUGAAGUGAUUGCCAAGUCUUGCCUGGAGAAAGGAAUUACCAAAGUUGUCUUCGACCGAGGUGGUUUCCUCUACCACGGCCGCAUAAAAGCUCUUGCUGAUGCUGCUAGAGAGCACGGGCUUGAGUUCUGAAUAUUUACUCCAAAUGUUUGUUCAUAUUCCCAGGAUCACCUGUAAUCUUCUCUUUCCCCCCUGUACGUUGAACAGAGUUUGUAGUCAUCCACCUUGUUCUGCAGAGUGCGGACUUGGCCAAACUUUGAUCGCAUCAGUUUUUUGUACCAGUCUUGCAUUCAAAAGCUUCUCAACUCAUCUCCCACCGUUCGUA